AGGUGCGCGAGCCUGAAUGCUGGAGACCCGCGGCGGGGGCUGAGAGCUGCGCAGAGAAAAGCUCGCUUUUAGCCAGGUCUUUCAGUAUCUGUAGACAAAAUGGAAUCAACUCCGUUUAAUAGACGGCAAUGGACAUCCCAGUCACUGAGAGUAACAGCUAAAGAACUUUCUCUCGUCAACAAGAACAAGUCAUCAGCCAUUGCAGAAAUAUUCUCCAAGUACCAGAAGGCAGCUGAAGAAGCAAACAUGGAAAAGAGGAGGAGUAACACUGACAAUCACCCCCAGCAUUUCAGAAGGGGGAUCUUAACUGUGCUGAAGAAGAAGUGGGAGAACCCGGGGCAGGAAACAGAGUCUCACACAGACUCCCUGCGAAACAGCAGCGCUGAGGUCAGGCACAGAGGCGACCGCCCUCCAGCUGAAGUGGCACAAAGCUCAGCGUCAGGGACCGAAGCUGACCAAGUGGACCCACUUCCCUCCACACCUAGAUUCAGAGCACCUCCGGAAGCCCUUCCUCGGUAUCUGUAUCCCCACAUUGAGGACGGCGAGGAUCUCCAGGACCACUCACCAGGAAGUGAAAAAAUGGAAAAUUGGCUGGGAGAAUCCAGGCAUGAAGUAGGAAAAGCUGAAAUCAGUGAGAACACAGAAGCUGCAAACAAAAUUGAGAAAUACAAUGUUCCACUGAACAGGCUGAAGAUGAUGUUUGAGAAAGGUGAAUCAACUCAAACCAAGCUUCUUCGGACCCAAAGCAGAAGUACGGGUGGAAAGAGGGUCUCUGAAAACAGCUAUUCUCUGGAUGACUUGGAACUAAGCCCAGGUCAGCUGUCAUCUUCUGCAUUCAACUCAGAGAAAAGUGAGAGUCGGCGAAAUCUGGAGCUACCCCGCCUGUCAGAAACUUCCAUCAAGGAUCGAAUGGCAAAGUACCAGGCUGCUGUGUCCAAACAAAGCAAUUCCACCCACUAUGUGAAUGAGUUGAGAGCCAAUGGUGGUGAAAUCAAAUCUCAUAAAUUGGAGCAAAAGGAGAAUGUGCCCCCUGAUCCUGAGGUCUGUAUCUCCUAUCAGGAUGGAGAAAAGGUUCCUGCAGCUGAGAAUAGCCUACCCGUCCGUUCCACCCCUGCUGAAGAUGACUCCUGUAAUUCUCAGGCUAAGAGUGAGGUCCAACAGCCUGUCCAUCCUAAGCCACUAAAUCCAGAUGCCAGAGCCUCCGGCCUUUCUGAAAGUUCUCCUACCAAAGCAGUGAAGAAGUUUCAGGCACCUGCAAGGGAGACCUGUGUGGAAUGUCAGAAGACUGUCUACCCAAUGGAACGACUCUUGGCCAACCAGCAGGUGUUCCACAUCAGCUGCUUCCGGUGCUCCUAUUGCAACAACAAACUUAAUCUAGGGACGUAUGCCUCUUUACAUGGGAGAAUUUACUGCAAGCCUCACUUCAAUCAGCUCUUUAAAUCUAAAGGCAACUAUGAUGAAGGCUUUGGGCACAGACCCCACAAAGAUCUAUGGGCAGGCAAAAACGAAAAUGAAGAGACUUUGGAGAGACCAGCUCAGGCUCCAAAUACAGGGGAGACCCCUCAGAGCCCAGGUGUUGAAGAUGCCCCCAUUGCUAAGGUCGGUGUGCUGACCGCAAGUAUGGAAGCCAAGGCCUCCUCUCAGCGGGAGAAGGAAGAAAAGCCCGCUGAGACCAAGAAACUGAGGAUUGCCUGGCCGCCCCCCACUGACCUGGGCAGUUCAGGAAGUGCUCUGGAGGAAGGCAUCAAGGUAUCUAAGCCCAAGUGGCCCCCUGAGGAUGAAAUCAGUAAGCCGGAAGCUCCUGAGGAUGUAGAUCUAGAUUUGAAGAAGCUAAGACGGUCUUCUUCCCUGAAGGAAAGAAGCCGCCCGUUCACCGUAGCAGCCUCGUUUCGAACUGCUUCUGUUAAGAGCCCCAAAUCCCCAUCAGCACCUAUCAGGAAAGGCAGGAGUGUGACAGAGCAGAGUGAUGAGGUAGGAGGAGCCACAGAAAGGAAACAGAUGGAAAACGCCAGCACUUGUGAGAAGACUGGGCCUGUGGGAAGAACCACCUGGCAAAACAGGGAAUCUAAAGGAGGGGAGGCAGGAAGGAGAAGCAGGGAAGGUCAUGAUUUUGAGAUGGGGCAUGAGAGUCUUCUAGAAAAUGGCGCAAACUUAGAUGAAGAUGACAGAAACCUUCUCAAACAGCAGUCGCCCCUGGAACCCAAGCCAACAGGUUGGCCCACCUUUGCAGAUGACACCUCCACUAAUGCAUUCACUACUCAGAGCCAGAAAUCCCAGGAUGCAGGCUUUUGGGAGGGAGAUGUAGAGCUGUCUGUGGAAGAGCAGAUAAAGAGAAAUCGGUAUUACGAUGAGGAUGAAGAGUGACAGGUUAUUGUCACGCAGGGCCUUAAAUUCGUGUUAGUGGUAGUGAGAUACUGCCCUUUAUGAAGUAAUUCCUGUAAACAGGCAUUUUAGCAUGAAAUAUAAUUUAUAUCGAUUUAACUUUGGAAAAGAGUCCCUGCUUCAAAAAAUUCCCAGAGUGCAGCUUAAGUAAACCAAUUCUAAACUCUAGAGAUAACAUUACUUCAACUCUAUUUUAGCAGUGACAAUAGGCCUAAGUGCUUUAAGGGUUGGAAGGGAGGGUGGAUAUUCCAACUGAUCCAGUCCAGAUUCCACUGUAUUCCCAAAAGACAAUAUGAAAUUAGGUAGCUAAUUAGUAGUAUACUGUUACACUAAAAUUCGACUGUAGAAUUAAGAGAACAUACAGAAGGGAUUUCAG